AUGCAAAAUUUUGCCGCUCCAGAAGCGAUUAUAAUUUCCCUUAACCAGAACCGUUCGCUACUACACUCCGAACCUUCGCCCAGAAAACUCUACUGCCAUUACCGUACGGAGGAAUCCACACUCUAUCCACAUUCUAAUACCUACUCCAAGAGGCCCCCAGUUUUAUCUCCAUCUAUUAUUGACAAACUUGGCACUUAUCUUUCAACCGAAUCUCUCUCACUAACCGAUCUUAGAAAGGAAAGUGCCAAGCGAGGAAAUCUUUCCAUGUUUCGAAAGAGAGGAUCGAACGAAACAACUUUAUUCUCGCAUCAUCUCCAGACUUUGAGACGUCAAGCGCUCAGUUACUACUUUCCUAUUCAUCUCCCACUUAAAUCCGCGGCCAAUCCAAUCGAAUACUCAUUUUAUCAAAUUGACAUGAUAUCCUUCGCACUUCACAACCACCCCCCAUCAACCAUCUCCACAUGA